UGCACUGCACUCUCUUCACCUGGCUAAAGUAGUAGCUCUAGCGUCAUAUAUAUUGUAUAUCUGAUAUAUGGGAGCAACCUUUAUGGGUAUGGCCAACCAAACAUGGCGUACACAAUCUAAUCUUGGGCGAAUAAUCAAUUGCGUGCCAAAUGGAAAACUAUGGGCUAUACUAGGACCCAGUAGGCGUCGUUGGUGGCUGUAGUUUAACUUUGAAUAUCGCCCAAAAUGCACGGAUCGGAGUCAGCAAUGAAUUGGGAAAGUGGAUGCGGCAUUGAGAUCGCCAUCUACAUGGCCCUGGUACUCUUCUUUUUCUGCCUCGUACCCCUGGCCUGCUACUACAUACGCGUGGAGAGUAAAACUCUGGGCAAGAUUUGCCGGCCGCGAUGUCGACGUCGUCAGGAAAAUUGCCAGCAGCAACACCCACAUCUUCAUCAUCAUCAUCAUCAGUGGAGGCGAUACACCAUGGGAAUUGAUCGUCAGGGCAAUGUCUUCAGCGCAGAGGAGCGGCCAAACAAUCGCUAUGGCGACAUAUUCUUCAUUGAACCGGGCAGCGAUGAGGCCAAUCGCAUUCGCGAUCAGCUGGAGAAGGAUGAAAAGGAUCUGCCCAGUUACGAUGAGGUCAUGCGCAUGUGCAACCUGACCACACCCACCGCCGCUGCCGCCGCAGGAGCGCCAGUCACAGUGCCGCCACUACAGUCGCCGCUUGGUGAUCCGGCUGCUCCUAUUAGUAUUGCCGCACUUCCAGCUCCUCCAUACUCGGAGACAGAUCCGCAUUCUCCAGUUGCCGGAGCAGCCACAGUGAUCACAAUGGAGCCCAUUGAGCCAUCCACAUCCCGUGCCGCCCAGAUUCCGACCAGUCCUGCCUCUGCGGCAGCUCCUGCUGCGGGUUACCAGAGGCCAGAGACCUCCAUCGUCCUGGGAGCGAACGUUACCAGCGUUUGAGGACGAGCGCGGGUGGGAGAUAUGGAACUAAAGCAUUCUGAUGCCGUGCCACUCUUCUGGGCCACACAGAUGCCAGUUUGUGUGCGCUUUCCCUACAGAAAUGAACCUGUGUGAUCUUAUUGAGUACAGACUUAGUUAAGGGCUAGCGAUUAAGUGUGAGAGCUAUUGUAAAUACAUAUUUAUAGAAUCUAGGUUUUCAAAUUAAAGUGAGUGACUUAUUAGAAAUGAAUAU